UCUUAGGCUCUUAGCUUUCUCUUACUAAAUCUCAAUUAGCAAAAGAAUAAUUAUAAGAAUUAUGGGAGCUUGUGCGACGAAGCCGGCGGUGUUGAAGGAUGCAGAGAUAGACGGAGCUCCGGCGCCGGAAGUUAAGGGGGAAGAGGCGGCGCCGGCGACGGCGGUGGUGGAAUUAGUAAAGGAAGUGGUGGUGAUUGAAGAAGAUGUGAUUAGUAUUGUGGCUGAUGCAUCUAUUGAUAUCAAGCCUCGAUCUCUUAGUAACCUAUUCGAAGAGGGUGAAGUGAUCAAGCAAGCAACCGGAGAUCAUGAACUCCCGAUCGCAGUAGAGCCAAUAUCGGUUGAACCAGAAAUCAAGGAAGAGAAAGCUGAUCAGAAACAGCUGGUUGAUGAAAAACCAGUUGAAGAGAAACUGAAAACCGAAACCAAGCAAGAUAUUGAAAAACCAAACGUCAAUAUCACCAUCAUUGAAGAAACGACCAAGAACACUAAGGAAAAAGAACCGGUUGUUGUUUUAAAAGAGAAAGAUAUUGCAGUUGAAGAGAAACCCAAAACCGAAACCAAGACUAAGGAAAAAGAAGUUGUUGUGGUCCAAACCGCCGAAAAAGUUAUUGAAAAAAUAGUUGAACCGGUCCCCAAGAUCACUAAUAAGGAAAAAGAAGUACCAGUUGUUGAGAUCAAAGCAGCAAUAAUUACCGCAGAGGUUAAAACUGUUAACCCAGUUGAAGAGAAACCGAAAUCUGAAACCCUAAAGAGUGUUGAUACCAAGCCACCACAAGAAAUUACUGAGAAAACAGGGACCAGUCAACAGAAAACCGAGGUAAAACCGGCUACUGUGGUAGUGGCAAAUGAAAAGAAGUGAGCUAAUUUGCAUGGUACAAUGUUCAAUCAUUUGUUUGAUUUUUUUUUUUCUUUCUAUUUUCACUGUUUUUUUAUUUUGUCCAUUUUAGUGAAAAAUAUAUAUAUGUUGGGUCCAAAACUGUAUGUUCUUGAAAGGAUGAAACUAUUUGUUAAACAAUAGUUAAAUAUAUAUUAUCAUGAAUGGUUUGAACUUUGAA